CCUCGACCCAUCACAUACAUUCACAGACUCGCCAUGGACGCGCUAGGCGACGAAAAAGUCGAGCAAUUCCAGUCCGUCACCGCCUGCAAUGACUCUCUCGCACGGCGCUAUCUCAGUGUCGCUGGUGGCGAUCUAGAUACAGCCGUUAUGCUAUUCUUUGAAACAAACGGUCAACUCCCCGACGAUCCUUCCACAACGACUUCUGCUCAGCGUCCAGAUUCAGCAUCGGAUGGUAUGGCUGAAUUUGAAGACGAAGGAAUGAUUGAAGAUGAUGAAGCCAUGGCCCGUCGUCUCGCUGGAGAAUGGGGCGCGAAUGGCAGUGGCGCGGAGACAGUACGUGCGCCUAUUGCACCAACGCGACAAGUCUUACAAGAUGAUGUCAUGGAUUAUGAUCCUUCCUUCAUGCCUCACUUUGGAAACCGUUUUGAUGCCCUCGCUGGUACAUCUUCGAGACCAACGGGUUCGCGCGGUGUAUUUAAUCAAGUCGCACCGUCAGUCUGGGAUGAAGCGCAUGCAGAGCAAGGACUACGUGAAGCGACCGGUGGUGCGAGUGCGCAAUCUGCAAAAUCAUCGAGACUGGCGCGAUUGUUUCAGCCGCCCUUUGACUUGAUGGCGCAUAUUGACUUGACAACAGCGCGAGAGCAAGCAAAAGAGGAACUCAAGUGGAUCAUGAUCAAUCUACAGGAUAAUGCCGAUUUCGCAUCGCAAACACUCAAUCGAGACUUGUGGAAGGAUGCGGGCGUCAAGGAACUGGUUCGUGAGUCCUUUUUGUUUUUGCAGUAUACCAAGAACUCUGAGGAUGGCGAAAGCUAUAUGCGCUUCUAUCCAGUCGAGCAAUACCCACAUAUUGCCAUUUUGGAUCCACGGACGGGUGAGCGUGUCAAGACGUGGAGUAAGACGCUUUCUGUUCCUGACUUUAUGGGCGAUGUUGCAGAGUUUCUCGAUCGCUUCUCACUCGAUGAUACGAAGCAGAAUCCUAUUGCAAAGAAGCCAAAGAGACAAACUGAGCGAGCAAAGGCACCAGCAGAGAUGAGCGAAGAAGAUCAGAUCAAUGCUGCCAUCAUGGCUUCUGUGGGUGGUAGCAUGGCAGAGGCAAUCCCUGUCGAUGAGGACGAAGCGGAUGUGGUCAUUGCAGAGGCUCCAACAAACGGCCACGCCAAUGGAACUGCUGCAAAAGUGCAGACUGCUUUGGACAAGAUUGAAGCGAUUGAUCGUCCAGAACCGCCGGCUGGUGCUGAGACUACACGUAUUCAGCUACGCUUGCCAUCGUCACGACAAGUUCGUCGUUUCUUGACGAGUGAUCCUGUUCUCUACAUCUUCCAAUAUGUCAAGGCGACUGUGCCCGAGGCGCAUGACGGCAAACAAUUCAAAAUUGUCUUCAAUCGGGCGAGUCUCAACAAUAACCUAGAAGAGACAAUUGAACAAGCCGGUCUGAAGAAUGCUUCCCUCGUGGUGGAGUUUGAAGAAGAUGAAUCAUGAGCUAUUGAUAAGCAAACCGACAGAUGACAGCAACGACAGAUGACCUUAGCAUUUUAGACUCAAAAGCAAAGACAUGUUCCCUCUACUACUCGAUGUACUCUGGCGGACUUGCAAUGUUCAUGCUUUGAUAAAAGUCUUCCGUUGUGCCAGAGAAGCAACUCUUGAAGUAUCCUUCGAGCGUGUAAAAGUUGUCAAUCCAUCGAUUCGUUGCCGUCUUGGCUUGCUUCGCCACUCUCACUGCAGCUGUGUCAGUACUGUCGAUGUCAGUGGGGCAGCAUACCCUUGUCGUGCACAUCGACCGGUGUGGCACUCUUCAACGCUUGCAGCUUCUCCUGUUUGCUGGACACACGCAGAGCCAUCUCAUC